UCCAUAUUUCAGCGCAUUCAUAUAAAAUACUAGUACUAAUUCAAAGCGUAACGCAACAUAUACUAUAUUACUAGUAUAUACCACCACGGUGAGAAAUUUAGGGGAAAUAUUUGAAAAAAUAAAUAAAUAUGCGGAAACAAUCAUCGAAGCGAUUCCACAACAGAGAAAAUGAUCUCUCUUCACCACACUCACAAUCCGAAGCCAAAUCAAUGCACCUCCUUGGCGGUGCAAAGCGUGCGCGCCCCACUCCCGCUGGUGUGGUCGAUACUGCGUCGUUUCGACCAGCCCCAAGCCUAUAAGAAGCUCGUGAAGAAGUGCACCAUGCUCGGCGGCGGCGGCGGCGGCGGCGUCGGGAGCGUGAGGGAGGUGGCGCUGGUCUCCGGCAUGCCGGGGAGGGUGAGCCGCGAGAGGCUGGAUCGGCUCGAUGAUGAGAAUCACGUGAUGAUCUACACCGUGAUUGAAGGGGAUCAGCGGCUGGAGAAUUAUCAGUCCACAACCACCGUGCAUGAGGCGGAGGACGGCGGCGGAGCGGUGGUCAUCGAGAGCUACGUGGUGGAUGUGCCGGAGGGGAACAGUGAGGAAGAGACGCGGGUUUUUGUGGAUACCGUGUUAGGCUGCCAUCUUCGUUAUUUGACCUAUAUUAGUGAGAAGUUAGCUUGAGUGGUAUGCUAAAUCUUAAAUGUAUGUGGAUAUAUAUAGAAUUUCAGUUACAAUUUACUUACAUAUUAGAUUUAUCUAUUUUUGUAAUUUGAGUUAUCAGUUUAUUUAUUAGUCACAA